AUUUUCUUUAAAUUUGUUUUAUAUGUCUGGUAGUUUCUCUGAACCAUAUGGAAACUCCUGUGAUUCUGAGGAAGGAUGGUUCAAAUUGCCGGAAGGAUGGAGAAUGCAUCGGACCGUUCUGUACAGAAGUUACAAGGACCCCAAACCUUCAACUAGUUUCGCCAUUUAUGAUAUGGAUAAUACUCUUAUGAUAACGCCGAGCUACUUUGUCGAGGAACUUAAAAAAGGUGUCCAAAUCCAGAUCUCAAAACCCUUAAUACCCAAUGAUUUUGUUUUAUUUGCUCCAAAUGUAAAGGAAAAACUCCAUUACGAACUCAACCAGGGGAGAGGUAUUUUGAUCAUUUCAAACCAGCGUGGUAUGCUAGAGAAUAUUCCUUCUGCAUAUCUGAUUCUAGAACGGAUUGAACUUUUGUUAAGAGAGCUUGACGUCCCCUUGUAUAUAUUGUUAGCAACUGAUCAUGAUAUUUAUCGCAAACCUGCACCUGGAAUGCUACUGUUUUUCGAGAGGAACCUAAACGGAGGCCUUCCAGUGGAUAGGGAUAAUAGUUUCUUUGUAGGAGAUGCAGCUGGCCGUAGAUUAGACUAUAAAUCGUCCUCCCUGAUGAUGAGAAACAUCUUAUCUGUUUUAAAGUCUACAGACUACUCCACCAGAAGAUACUACAACGUUGAUGAAAAUGGAACUAUUGUUUACAUUAAUCCUUACGAAAUAAUAAAGAGAUUGACAAUUUCUAAGAUGAAGAAUAGAUUCAGCAAAGAUUUCUCAGAUUGUGACUUCAAAUUUGCCAUUAAUAAUUCCUUAACAUUCUUAACACCUGACGAAUACUUUUACGGAGUUCCGGAGUAUAACAUUAAGCUGGACUUUGACCCAUUAUUGGUCGGAUCAAAGCCGUUUUUUCCCGUUGUCCUAAGUGGUUUGAUUAUUUUGAUUGGGAACUUGGCAUCUGGGAAGACUCAUAUUUCAAGAAUAUUUAGGAAUUUCACACCAAUGUCUCAGUCUGACUAUGAAACUACGUUUCACUUCAUGGAAACACUGAGGAAAAAGCUGAUAAAAAGAGAAAAUGUUGUAAUUGAUGAUAUUAAUAACGUUGUAAGCAACCGCAUUCAGCUGGUUCAACUCGCUUCCUCGCUGGGUGUCUUGGUCACUUUUGUGCACUUGGACCUUUCCCAAAAUUUGGUUAAUCAUCUGAACAAAGUUAAAAGGUUAUGUUGUGAUGAAAAUACGAGGGAAUAUUUCCAGGUUCCCCAAGUAAAGGGUACAUUUCACAGUAAGAGGCAGCUGACCAAAUUAGUGGUAGAAAGACCUUCUCUAGAAGAGGGCCCAAAUAUCAUUUAUACAAUCAAUGAUAUCUCAUUUCCAAUGGAACAUAAUGAGCUUACACAACUUCAUCUGCCGUGAUAACCUAGAAUAUAUAUGUAAUUGUCGAAUGUUUAAACCGUCCUGUCUAAACUGUUGUAUAUAUA